AUGGAGACACGCGACAAGAUUGCGGAGGAAGGAUUGGGGUUGGAGGGAUCUGCCGCUGCAGAACCCCUGAUGAACGUCAGCCUAGACAGCCUCACCAACGUCACCAACAUUACAUUGUCCCCCUACUAUCAGCACUCUCUGUACGUGGCCGCCAGCUACAUCCUGGCCUACUUCUUCAUCUUCUUGCUGUGUAUGAUCGGGAACAUCCUGGUUUGUCUGAUCGUACUGGAGAACCAUCGCAUGCGCACAGUCACCAACCUCUUCAUCCUCAACCUGGCCAUCAGUGACUUACUGGUGGGCAUCUUCUGCAUCCCUACGACACUGGUGGACAACCUCAUCACAGGCUGGCCGUUUUCAAACAUGGUGUGCAAGAUGAGCGGCUUUGUGCAGGGCGUGUCUGUGUCUGCGUCAGUCUUCACCCUGGUGGCCAUUGCUGUGGAAAGGUUUCGCUGCAUCAUGUACCCACUCCAACCCAAGCCAACUGUGCUUGUCGCCAAGGCAGCCAUCGUCUUGAUCUGGGUGUUGGCCGUGGCGAUCAUGUGCCCUGCUGCUGUGGCACUGACUGUGGAGAAGUAUCCUUACCACUACAUGGUGUACGGCGGCGACUUCAACCACACGAUGCCCGUUUACACGUGCUAUGAAGACUUUGAAAACCCACAGAUGAGAAAGAUAUACACCGCAGUUCUGUUUGCGCACAUCUACCUGCUGCCCCUCACCAUCAUCACCGUGAUGUACGGAAGCAUCGGAGUCAAACUGUGCUCAACUGUGGUGGCAAACAGAAACCCACCGCUGGAUAAUACUGUCCAGGUGGGAGGCAGGAGGGGUGGUCAGCCGAUGAUAUCGCAGAAAAAGAUCCGGGCGAUAAAGAUGCUCACUCUGGUGGCUCUGCUCUUCAUGCUGUCCUGGUUGCCCCUCUGGACCCUCAUGAUCAUGGCGGACUACGCAGGCUUGGACAGGGACCUGCUUGAUCUUCUGACCAGUUACAUCUUUCCCUUUGCUCAUUGGCUGGCGUUCUCCAACUCCAGCAUCAACCCCAUCAUCUACGGCUACUACAACGAGAACUUUAGGAGAGGCUUCCAGGCGGUUUACAAGUCCAGGCACUCCUGUUGCCUCACGCAGGUGCAGCUGUGGAGGAGGAUGUCCAGACGCGGCAGGCAAGAGGGGACUGUGCUGGCACCGUGCGGGGGAACGGCCUUAAGAGAAGCCACGAACCACCACAAUCACCUCGUCCUGGGGCUGACCAACCGAGUCCAUAACGACGACAAGCUCAAAGAAACGGAGAAUAUGAACAGGCGUGCGCGGGUGGGCUGUGCCAUGGUUCAACCAGAGAGAAAUCUUUCAAACCAAGGGAUAGAAAUGGCUCCUUUGCCUAAGAAAGAGAGUCACAGUAACGAUCCAGAGAGGCCGACUUCACUGGCAGUUUCAGUGUAUCAGGCGUGGGAUAACUAAUCCAGUCAGAGGCGAUAAGAACAUGCAACAUAGAGUGACUUAUAUCCUUUUUUCAGCACAACCUAGGCAAUUUUCACCAAUUAUAUAAACACAACUGAGCAGAAAGCACUCAAAAUAUUCAAAAUCGGAUUGAAUUUGUGAAAUGUGGAAAUACGCCACAGUUCAAAGUUCACUUGGCUCGUUUUUAUGAACAAAAACAAAAGAGAACCGGUCUAAUUUUGUGACUUCUGCACAAUUAUUGCUACUUUAUAUCGCGACUAAAAAUGUGAUCACACACCCGCAGGAUGUCCAUGUAAGUGUAUUAUUCCCACGGCAAAUUCCCAUGGGUGGUCACAAUGAAACAAAGCUGUUUUAAAUCGUAUUAUAAUCCCAUGGAUAACAGGUAAUUACCUUAUGCCAGAGCAGGUGAGAGACAUGAAUACAAAUGUCGUCUUGUUUGCGAGGCAGCGGUCGAGGUAAGGUCUAGAAGCUCUUGAGAGUAAGCUCUCAUAAUGUGCAUAUUCAGUAUUCAUUCAUAAUAAUAACUGUAAGAUACUUCUCAUGCACCUGAGGGCAAAUCUCCUCCCAAUCUGUAUUGUAUAUAUUAUUUUAAUGUGGAUUUAAAAAGCAGCAUUGAAUAUGCCAGUGAUGGGCCCCAAUAGCUGGAUUUCACACGCAGGAAGAACAGAAAUAGAGCUCAACAUAAUAACCUGGCAGAAGUUAAAUCCCCAUGAAAAGCCAUUCACUACCUGUAAGUGUUCUGGUCAACACCGUGCAACUGCAUACAUAUAUACACAUAUAUAACCUGUAGAUUCGCAGUAUGUUUGCCAUAAAGAAAUUCCAUACAGAAUGCCUAUUAAGUCAUGAUAGUUGUAAUUUCUUACUGUUAUUAUGUGCUUUGUGUGACACUGGCUCUAUAUGACACACAAGACAAGAUAAUAAUGAAUGACUUCUUUCAGAGUUACCAAGGAAACUGCAUAACAUUACAAUAGAAAGGAGCACAGGCCAUAUAUCCAUAUAUCCUAUAUAAAUGAAUUCUGAUUCUUCUUAUAAACGCGAUGAUAACAGAGCCUGAAACAUCACUUUGUAAAAGCAGCUCAUUUCCAAGCGUUUGGUUUGACGUGGAGACUGAUGUGGAAUCAUAAAGCCCAGCUCGCCACAUGUCUGCUUUAGAGAACAGUGAUACUUUCAAAGUGCCUUGUUCUGAGAGAUGUCCGUUUAUAUAAAGCAGGUGAAAAGAACGUGACAAUAUGAUGACGGAGUAUCAGGGCCAAAUAUUACGAGAGUCAGAAUCUCAGAUGAUCAGCUGCAACCUGCAUCGAGAUGAGGAACACGUGGAGCGCUACCUGAAGUUACAUUUUGAUUUGGGCUUCACAAAUAAAGAAAUAUCACAUUAUCAUCAGCAUGAGGAUCAGGACAAGAUUUUGAAAGAAA